AUGGAGCUCCGAACCAGCUACAGGUUUGAUGACCGCAUCACGAAACAAGCUUCUGAAGACAUCCAAAAACGAGUCCAAUGGAGAUUCUCAAUCGAGUACGGAUCACUAAGAACGCCUCAAGCCACUGCUACUACAACUGAAACAGAGGCGAGAGAGACCAAUACGACGACGUCUGACAUCAAAAUGGUUGACAACUAUGUUCAUGUCUACGUCAUGCUUUAA